AUGGGUGAGCGAACCCACCACGGAGCCCAGGCGUGCUCUGGCACCAACCCCAGGAAGUGCCAGGACCUAGGAGACUCGAUUCUUCUGAUUCUGGGCAGCUUCAUCUUGCUCAAUGUUGGGAUCAAUGUGGUGACUCUGCUCUGGAGGCAUCUGAAGAGCUCCUUGCGGACCCUUUUCCGUCAUUUUUUCCCCAAAGACAAGCAAUCCGUCUGUAUAGGCGGUCAUCCCACGUGCACGCGAUGCUCCGUGGACCCCAAGAACCUGUGCUCCAGAGUCUCCUCCCGCUUCCACCGUCGCCCCAGCUGCUUGCUCGGGCACCCUAGCCACCUCGACUCCUGGAUACCAGACACCAAUGAGGAGAAGGCUUCUAGGUGCUGCUGGAUGCCGCCUCAGUGUGGACACGCUGGGGCUCCCAUGGAGGCUCCAUGGGGGCUGUGGAAGGAGGGGAUGAUGGGAGCUGGGGAGGCCCCUCAGGUCACAGCCUUGAAGGCCCAAGCCACCUUUUUCUCCAGGCAAGAUGCAACUUCCAAGUGCCGCAGAGUGAGCAAGGUGGACAUGGUUCCACUCCGCCUGCCCCAAGAGAGCAAGACUAAGACCCCAGACCAUGACCCAGCCCGAGUCCCGGCCCCGGCCCAGACCCACUCCCCAGUCCGGCCCCCUGGGCACUCUCCUGCCAAGGCCCAGAUCUCCUCAGCCCAGCCCCCUGAGCACGCCCCACCCCAGGCCCAGUCCUGCUCCCCGCUCCACCCCCCCGAGCACACCCCACCCCAGGCCCAGUCCUGCUCCCCGCCCCACCCCCCCGAGCACGCCCCAUCCCAGGCCCAGUCCUGCUCCCCGCUCCACCCCCCUGAGCACUCUCCAUCCCAGGCCCAGACCCAGUCCUCAGCCCUCACCCCUGAGCACAGUCCUGCCCAGGUCCAUGGCCCUGAGAACACUGCCACCCACACCCCAGCCCAGGCCCAAGCCCAGACCCCAUCGCCUGCCUCAGCCCAGUCCCUGGGCCCCACCCCUGCCUGCAGCCAUGCUCCUCCAGCCUAUACCCACACCCACACCCUGGUCCCUCCCCCAACUUCUGCUCCUGCUCCUGCUCCUGCCCCAGCCCCUCCACCAGCACCUGUCCCAGUCUCUGCCACGACCCCCGUCCCAGCUCUGGUCAUGGCUCUGACUACCCCUCCAGUCCCGCCCACCACCCCUACCCACAUCCUAACUUCUAUUCCCUCUACGUUGUCUGGCUUCAGCCAAGGCCUCUCCACGGGCCAUGUGGUCUACGAUGCCCGCAGGGUAAAGCAGAACUUAUUCCAUGUGUGUCCCCCUCAGAGCUCUGAGUGCUCCAGGAAGGACUUGGGUACCCUCUCCAGGCCCCAAGAGGGGCGGAGUCUGGUGAGCUCUGGUACGGCUGAGCAAACAUUGAAGCAGUGUAAUGGGGACAGUGCCCAGCCCCCCCCAGGAUCCAUAUUGGGGUACCUGGAGCUGGGGAAUAUGGAAUGGAAGAUCUCAAAUGAUGCCAAAGACAAAUUUGUACAGCCCAAGACUUUCCCUUACUGCAGCUUCCAUCCUUGCAGCUCUGAGAAGAGAAACCCAGACUCCCAGGCUCUAGUCUACCCCAAAUUCCUGGUCUACUCCAAGGAUGCUGCACCUUCUCAACCUUGCUUCCAUUCUCCAGCCAGUGCCUGGACCUCAGCGGGCACUGGGCCGCCACCGUGCACCCUUUCUCUGCCUCUUGUUUCUCCCAGAUCCUUUAUCCUUCAACACAACCACCCCCAGAAGCCCUCCACCUUCGUACAGACUCCUGCCUUUCCCCCAGCCUCCAAGUCGCCUCAGUCUGUCCUCUCUUCCCAGGGCCCCAUCCCUCCCCAGGUCUCUACCAUUUCCCAGACUCCAAAGCAGCCCCAAUCCCCCAAAGUUCAUGAGAGUCUAGGCCUCACCCAAGAUUCUGGCCUUCAGAGGACCCCAGGCCCUUCGAAAGACUCUAGCGUUCCCAGAAACCCAGGCCUUACUCCGAAUCCAGGCCUCCCCAAGAACCCAGGCCUUACCCAAGACCCAGGUCUACACAGGAACCCAGGCCUUACCCAAGACCCUUAUCUCUGCAAGAAUCAAAGUCUUUCCCAAGACUCCGACCCUCACAAGAAUCCAGUCAUUACCCAAGAUUCUGGCUCCCAAAAGAGCUUAGGUUCUACUCAAGAGGCAUGUUUCUUUCGGAGCCCGUGUCUCCCCCAAACCUCUGGUCUCCACAAGAACACACCGUUUCUCCAAACUUCUGAUAUUCAGAGGAGCUCUGGAGUCUAUAGAAAUCUAGAACAAAACCAAGAGAGGGUACUCUAUAAAAGCCAAGAGCUCUCUCAACCAACCAGCCUCCAUAAUAGCCCACAUCCUUCUCAAGAUUCUGGGUGUUACAAGAGCACAGGUAAUGCCCAAGAUAUAGGAAUCUCUAGGAGUCUAGAUUCUGGGCCACAGAAGAGUCCAUACUCUGCCCAAGACCCUGGAGCCAAGAAGAACUCAGGCCUUUCCCAGGAAUCUGGUCUUCAUAAGAGCCCAGGCCUUGUCCAAACCUCUGGCCUCCAUAAGUGCUCAGGCCUUACCCAAGACUCCGGAGACUACAAGAAUCCAGGGCUUACUCAAAAUUCUGGACUCACCAGGAGCCAAGGCCUUACUCAAGGUUCUGAUAUCCAUAAGAAUCCGGCUCUUCCCCAAGCCACUGAAGUCAAAAGGAGAUGUGGCCUUACCCAAGAUGUUGGAAUUUGCAAGAGCCCAGAGCAUACCCAUGACCCUAAUGUCCACAGGUACCCAGGAAUUAAUAGAGAUCCUGGCCCUCGCAAGGGCCCAGUCCAGACCCAAGACUCUGGCCUCCCCAAGGACUCCGGCCUUCCCAAGGGAUCAGGCCUUCCCAAGGACUCGGGCCUCAUCCCACAUCCUGUCUUCCACCAGAACCCAGGUCUCACUCCAGGAACUGACACGGUCCCAGUCUUGGGCCUACAUCAGACCCGAACGUCUUUUAUACCUGAGGCGCUUCCUCGAAAGGAGGGUGCAGAGCGGCACGUACCAUGGCCUUCUGUCCGUCCAGGUCAGAACUCCUGCUCUCCCAAGGCUCAGGUCAUCUACAAUGACCUGCAAACCUUCUCAGAGGUACCUGUGCUAAUUGAGCUGCAGUCAUCCUCCCGGCGAGCAGGCAGCCAGGACUGGGUGUACCACCCUGCGGAUACAGCUCUGCCAGCCUGCCAGAACUACCGCCAGAUGUCUAUGCCUCCCAAAGCCAACUGGAAGCCCUACUGCCCUGGGUCGGGCACCCGGGUAGGGCAUGUGAUCUUUGACGCCCGCCAGAGACAGUUUGGGGGGGCCCAGGACAAGUGCGAAGCUCUGUCUCCCAGGCGCCUUUGCAGAGAGACACCCAGCAACUACCAGGGACCAUUAAGGAGUGGGGAUAUCAGUGUGUGA